CUCAUAUACGGUUGUUGUAGGGAUAAGAGGGUAGAGAAGGGAGUGGAACUUCUCCGUGAGAUGUCAAGAAGAGGAUUAGUUGCUGAUACAGUUACUUACAACACUCUUAUUCACGGGUUCUGUCGAACUGGAGAUCUUACUGCCGCACAUGACCUUUUCAGUGAGAUGACUUCUCAUGGUGUGUUUCCUGAUAUCGUAACUCGUGGCAUUUUGCUGCGCGGUCUCUGCGAUAAUGGGAAACUAGAAAAGGCGUUGAAAAUGUUUAAGGUCAUGCGGGAGAGUAAUAUGGAUAUGGAUACUGCUGUUUAUAACAUCAUCAUCCAUGGAAUGUGCAAGGCUGGUAAGUUGGAGGAAGCAUGGAAUCUAUUCACUAAUCUGCUCCUCAGUGGUUUGCAACCUGAUGUUAAAACUUACAAUAUGAUGAUUAGAUUCAGCGCGUUAGGGAGGGCUGAAAAAUUAUAUGCAGAGAUGCUCCGUAGAGGUAUAGUACCCGAUACCAUCACCUAUAACUCAAUGAUCCAUGGACUCUGCAAGCAGAACAAACUAGCCGAGGCAAGAAAGGUGUUUGAUUCCAUGGAUAACAAGAGCUGCUCAACUUUUAAUACACUCAUUAAUGGUUACUGUAAAGCAAGAAGGGUUGAUGAUGGGAUUGAUCUUUUCUGCGAGAUGUAUCGAAGAGGAAUAGUUGCUAAUGUAAUUACUUACACUACUUUGAUUCAUGGGUUUCGUCAAGUUGGUGAUUUUAAAACCGCUUUAGACAUUUUCCAGGAGAUGGUUUCUAAUGGUGUGCGUUCUAGUUCGAUAACUUUCCGCGAUAUUCUUCCCGAGUUAUGCAGUAAGAAGGAGCUAAGAAAGGCAGUGGCAAUGCUGGUGGAUUUGCAGAAGAGUGUUGUGGUAUGUCCUCAAAGAAUGUAGUCCUCUGAUUGGUUUUGGUGUGUUUUACUUCUUGAAAAUUUUACUCUGCUGUUCUUUUUCUUGAAACCAACAAAAAAAAAAAAGUUGUUUGUCUUCCGGUUAUUUUGAUAUAUACGGGUUUAAUAAAACCGGAAAGCCGGUCGGCAAUUAACAAGUAAUUCUCGCACGCCACGUG